AUGGCCCAGGUGUUGAGCCAACGCGUGCCACUGGAAGAGGGGAGAAGCGUCCAGCUUUCGCUUCCAGACUGGCUGGAUGAAGUGCCGCAAAGUAGCGGCGUCACCAUCAGUGCGGAGCGUCGCACCGGGGUGAAUCGUGCACUGCGGCACUUGAGCAACAAGUUGCCCGGGUGCUGCUGGACCGUGGGACAGACCCGGGAG